CACGAGGCCAGCAUCUACUCUCGUUUUUCUUUCUCCAUCAUCAAAUCCUGGUAUCUUCAUGUUACAAAUCACCUAACGGCUGUUUGCUGCCGGCCUGAAAUCGACCCUGUGUUUGCUCGUUCGGGCCUGGGAAUUGCGCGUUGACGCCGGGCCUCCAGUCGUCGAUCCCCAUCCAUGGCAUUUCAGCUGCCUGAUGCUUCCAGGGACAUUUCAACGUGCGAAGUCUUGGUCCACAUUACCGCACCAUCUUCUGCGCGAGAUGAUGCCCGGUUUGCAUCCAUCGCGGCAAGCGUCCUGAACUUCCAACCAGCGAAGAGAACAAAGGUAUCCGAGUUAAAUUUCAUUCCUUCCUGCCCUCUUGCCACGAACACAGAUAUCAACGCCACUAUACAAACGCCCUCCCCGAAGCAGAGACGAUUUCCUAAUCUUGAGGCAGACGCAGACAGGCAACCCAUAGAGGGCCUAGCAACAAGUCGUGAUACAGACCACACUGACUUACAGAGAGCAGCGCAGAGUCAAGGAUGUGCUAAUCCAGAGACACUGUCUUUUGCCAAUGUCUCUCGCUCGCUGUAUUCGAGAUUCUCCGAUGCCUGGCCUCAUAAUCGAAGCAUCGCCAACACAGGAAAUUCGACUGAACUUCUGGUGACCGAUUGCUCAGAAAAGUGUGAUAACAAUGGGAAAAGAAGGUGCUCUAAACGACGACGUCUCGCUCCCAUCGAGCAUGAUUAUCCUUCAACCCGGCGGCCACAGCGAUCUCGACAACUCGAUUCCUGUGUAUGCACGCGGCAACAGGGCAGUACCACCCUGGACCUUGCAGAAGAUAUCUCUGGAACGUCCACAGUGUCGCCCUCCCAACCACUCUACUGGCAAAAUCGAAUUGGCAAAAACAGAGACGCUGGGCCAGGAUCUGAACCGGUAGUGAGCUUCUCCAUGCCAAUCUACCUUGACACAGCCCGACAAAAUGAAGGUCUUACUCAGCAAGAACCUGCCCGCCGUCGUCGCGAUGCUGGUCCAAACAAAUCUCACCGACUCGAUGCAGCUUGGCAUCUGCAACGGAGAGAGGGUUUCACUUCCCAACUUCCAAAUGAGAUUCAUGGUCCGAAACCUCACGGUGGCCGCGCAAGAUUUGUCACUCACACCACCAAAACUCUACGAAAGCUAGCUAUACGGGUGCCGCUAUCAAAACACUUUCUCCCAUGCCGCGUUACCCGGGAUGUCAACGUAUUAGAACGAGGUCAUUGGCAGUUCUCGGUUGGAAUUAUCGAGUCGUCAAUGAUACAAGGUCCGAGACAGGCACUGCAGAAACGUGGCAACGAUGAACUUGUUUCCCUAUUAUCGGAGAGCGAGUUCCUCCAGCUUUGGAGAAACAUCUGUUGCUUUAUCCAGGAUGGCAAGGCGGGAUGGGGAACAUCCAUCGUAAAAACCCAGAUUGGGCAAGGCCUCUGGCGAAUUCGCCUAUUCAGCUGGGCUGAAAUUCUUGGACACGUUUGGCUCGUGCUAUGGGUGUUGUCGGACAAACUAACCGAGGACAUUCCCAUGCAUUGGAUGGAUGGUCGUGGAACUACUGUUGUCACCAUGGCGGGGAGGAAGCCUCAGGCAAAUGGUACUGGCAAAUGGGUACAGAAAGGUGCUGAAGGUGAACAAGGUUACUGGGGGAUCCAGUAG